CCGCUUUUUCUCUAUUGUAGCAUUUCAUCAGUGAGUAAGCGCUGUAGGUUGUCUCCAGGUUGCUUUGUGCAGUACCUGUGGGUGUGGAACAGGGUACAGGAUCUUAAUUCUGCUCUGCCUUUUGUUUUGUGCCUAGGUGACUGCCAGCUGCAAGCACCUUGUCGAAUUCAAAAGUGCACCACUGAUUUUGUUUCCUUAACUUCGCAUCUAAACUCAGCUCUCGAUGGCUUUGACUUGGAGUUCUGCAAGGCCCUGCGAGCAUACUCUGCCUGCACCUAUCGCAACUCCAAAGUAUGUCGCGGAAACCUAGUCUACCAUUCUGCAGUGCUAGGGAUCAGCGACCUCAUGAGCCAGAGGAACUGUUCCAAGGAUGGCCCCACGUCCUCCACCAACCCCGAAGUGACCCAUGAUCCCUGCAAUUACAGUGGCCACACAGAAGCCAAUGAAUAUCAAGGAGGGGAGAAAACUAUCCCUACUUACCUAUUUUGUGGCUUGUUUGGUGAUCCUCAUCUGAGGACUUUUAAGGAUCACUUCCAAACGUGCAAAGUGGAAGGUGCUUGGCCUCUCAUAGACAAUAACUACUUAACAGUGCAAGUGACGAAUGUGCCUGUCGUCCCAGGAUCCAGUGCUACUGCUACAAAUAAGAUAACUAUUAUCUUUAAAUCAUACCAACACUGUACAGAUCAGAAAGUAUAUCAAGCGGUGAGUGAUGACUUGCCUGCAGCUUUUGUUGACGGUACAACAGGUGGAGGUGAUGGGAGCACCAAGAGCUUGCAAAUUGUGGAUAAAGUCAGCGGCAAAUACGUUGAAAUGCAUGCCAGAUACAUUGGGACAACCGUGUACAUACGUCAGCUCGGACACUACUUAACACUGGCCAUUCGCAUGCCUCAAGAGUUGGCCAUGGCCUAUGAGGAGAGUCAAGAUUUGCAGCUGUGUGUGAACGGCUGCCCUUCAAGUGAGCGCAUUGAUGAUAGUGGCCACUUGCCAUUGCCCGUGAGAGGACAGCUGCUCCCUCAGGCAGGUGCUGCUCGUCCCCGGUCAGCAUACACACUGGAAACCGCCACCUCCAAAUGCCAUGAGAAGAUGCUGGUGAAAGACAUCUAUUUUUACUCAUGUGUGUUUGAUCUACUUACCACUGGUGAUGCUAACUUCACAGCUGCCGCCCACAGUGCCUUGCAGGAUGUGGAGGCACUGCAUCCCAGAAAAGAGCGCUGGCAUAUCUUUCCCAGCAGCAGAGAUGGUGGUGUGGGCAAAGGUAGCAAACCCUUUGUCAGUCUUGGACUUGCGUGCUUGAUCCUUGUUGCAUUUUUGUAGGGGUUUUUUUUUUGUCUCUAACAAAGUUUUGAAAUAUAUAUUGUCAUAAUAUAUUGAGUAAAGAUGAGUAUAUAUGUAUAUACCAUGUAUAUGAAGGGAUGUUUUGUCUUGGGACAUCCACCAGAUUGUACAUAUUGUGUUAACUGUUCUAUGUAUGUUGAAUGUCGUAUUCUUUGUAUCUAUUUGUUUUACAGUCGGUGAGAUGUUUUAUAAUGUCCUUGCAUUGGGACCUGAUAGAAAGCACUUUAUUUUUUAUAUAUUAAAUAUUUGUGUGUAGCUGAGUAACUAUAUAUUAUACACAUACACAUGUACCUACAGUACUCAGUACUCUGCCUAGGUACUGCUUAGUUUAACAAAUUUUUUUACUGUAUUAAUUAAUGGGGAUAUUUUCUACACUUACUGUAGAGACAGCACUUCUCUUGUCCUGUAAUUAUGUAUGUGAUUUCCUGGUAGCUUUUUAGAGCCGUUGGAGAGACAAUGCUGAAAGAUUCUAAUGGUCUUUGUGUAAGAGUGUAACCUUUCCUUUUCAAAGUUAUUACCACAGCUGAUUCUGCCCUCAAAGGUUAACUCGUUCUGGGAGAUGGACUGGAGAAGUCACAUGCCUGAAUUCUGUCUCUUUCUUAGGUGUUAAUUACAUCAACACAUUAAAAAGAAGGGAGAGGAGUGAGGGCCCCAGCUCUGCCUGCGGUUACUGAGGAGCUAUGGGAACAAUGAUGCGGUGGCUUAAAGGCUGGUUUUAUGUGGUGCCUUAAUGUGCUCCAAGAAACGGAAGCCUUAAUACAUGCUACGGUACUCCAGCUCCAGGACAGGCUUGUUUCACUCCUGAAGCUGUUCAUCUGAGGCUAGUUAGAUCUGCUCUUUGAACAAGAUCAAGUAGCGUUUGCCUUUUUUAAAUAACUGUUGCUUGCCUUGGUGGAGUGAGAUAUAGUUUAUUCACGGAAUGAGAACUUGUAGUUUUUAUGAAGAUUGUUCUGGCCGGUUUAGAGACUGUUGACUGUUAGGAACAGCAGUAAUCUUCAAAGGAAACUAAUUAAUUCCGUAUUGGAUGUGUAACCACAGACAGUAAAUGAACAUAGAACUGAGGUAAGGCAGAAGGU